CCCUAUAGGGGUCCAGCAUAGAAUUAGGGGGCCAUCUCAUAUUCCUCCCACCCCAAACAUCAGGUCUCAGAUCGGAACUAGGUUGAAUUUCAACAACCAGGCACAAUGGCUCCAAGUAAUUCCGCAUAUUACAACCUCUCAGUUGUGGCGCACCCUUUGAAGAAUCCCGAGAUUCCUACACGGAGGCACAUCGAAAAGGACGACAAGAAUAACAAGAACGACAAGCAUAACGAGAACGACAGGGACGACAGGGACGACGAGAACGACGAGAACGACGAGAACGACGAAAACAGCAAAAAGGACAAGGACAAGGGCAAGAAGGCACCUCCGCCGUCAACCCGGUAUCUGCAAGCACGGCCCGGGGGAUUUAUAUUCUUGAGAGCGCUGAGGUCGAACGCGGCCGUCUGGGUCGGGCUUUUUGCCGCCGUCGACGUUCCGCAAGAGUUUGUCAUCAUUAAGAAGCUGAAGGGGAUACCAGACGGUCUGCACCAAGGCGCAGCGUCGCGGAAACAGCCCAUGCCACCGGAAAUUGAAAUCUGCUCCAUCCCGGACCCUCUGACCCGACGUCAGUUACCACUGAACCAUAGCAUGCCGUCAUUCGUUCAGCUGCACGCUCUCCAGGUGCACGAUCAGGGGACCCGGGAGGACAAGUGGAAAGAUUUCAAGGCCACCCUCUAUUACAAGUACUACAACGGGGGAACGCUCUUGAACCUCAUGGAUAGGUACAAAGCAGCCAGGAAGCCGGUACCUGAAGGCUUUAUCUGGCACGUUAUUGCCCAGAUAGGCCGCGCUCUGGCAUACCUGCACACAGGAGCAGAGGAUUCUCCAGUCUUCAACAUCAUGCACCGACACAGAAACAAACUGAUUAACCCAGCAUCCAAUGAGGAACACCAGUCAAUUUGGGCAAAGUCCCUGGUCAAGAUCAACAAGGCGCAGGGGAUACCGGGGUGGGAGGUCAUCAGCCACAUGGACGGCCAUGCCGACAACAUAUGGCUGAACUAUCCAAGCGACGAGGAAAAGAAGCGCGACUCAAACCUCGAGGGCUUCACCGAUGCGCUGCCCCAAGUAGUGCUGGGAGAUUUUGGCAUAGCAGUCCAAGCCCAGCACGACCGGCUGGACUUACUGAAGCGAAACGCGUUCUCCAACGUCCCCGAGAUCGAAACCGUCAGGGACAAGGCCUACUUCGCCACCAACCUGAAGUACCUCAUUUGCGCGGCCGACCCGGACGUCCGCUAUUCCGACCUAGCCCACAACAACCCCGAGGGCUUCCAAGAGGCCGCGCGGCGUCGCUCCCAGCACAUCUUAUCCAUGGAGCUGAGCCGGUACAGUCCUCAACUGCAAGAGUGCAUGGACAAGCUGGAGAGCCUGGUGAAACUGUGCGAGACGCGCUUUACGGCUCUGGAGCACGGCCAACUGCCGCUGGAGGAAUUCGCCAGCAACGACUUCAUGUACGGCACCAUGCUCGCCUGCGCCGAUGCAAAAGUCCAUGAGUAUCGCUACGGCAAGAGUCCGCAGGAGUCGGUCCGCUGGACGCAGCCGUCCAUGAGCUCCAUGCCCUUCCGUGUGAAACCCAGGCACUUCAGCCGAGGCAAAAGCCGUCACUUUGCAGAGGUUUGGCGCGGGGUCCAUGAGGAUCUGCAGGAACGCGUCGUAAGAAAUGCUUUUAAUGACUGGGAACCGGGCAGCGUGGAGAUCUAUCAAGCCGGCAUCGCGAGCGGCACCCCUGAGAAGGAGUUGGACGAAGUCCCUUGGACCACUCCGCCGGAGGGGAGGCCGCCGCAGCCUACCGCUAGGCAAGCCCCAGCUAGGGAACAUGGCCCCGAUUCACUAAGCAGUUAUGUGGAUUCGGAUGUGGCAUCGAACGCAGAAGCUGCACUGGCGCGUCGCGCUGCUGUGAUGCAUGCAUCGGAGCUUGAGCCGCGAGCAAGACUGAGAGAAGGAGUAAUGGCGCCGAGAAAAAGGGCUUGGUUCAGACACCUCGAGCGGCUAAGCCGUGAGGAAAGCGUGGGGUCGAGCUCUGCGGAGUCAGAUGCUGAACCCGAACCUGAACCUGAACCUGCGCUGGCACGUCGCGCAGUUGUGGUACGGUACAUGAAUCGGAGCGUCAGCCUCGGAGGGGAGGGGGAUUGUCGUUUUUCAGAGAACGGUGGCUCAGGCAUGUUCGGGAGCUGUGCCGGAACACGGGUUGCAAAAUUUGAAUCGAACCUGUGA